UUGUGCUUUGUGGUUGUAAUUGUGUAGGCGAAGUGCUUGAGCCAAGGCGUUCUCCAAACAGAUUUCCAUAGGGUUGAAAUUCAUGGAGUGAAGGUUGUCGGUUACCACGCGAAACAUGCCUCCCACCAGGGAAAUCCUCAUGCACUUUGUGUCCCAUGUAAAAGGGCUCACCAAAAAGAACGAGGAUGGAUUCGAUGGUUUUGACGCAGAAUACAUGACAUUGGCAGACCUGCAGACCACGUUGAAGGAGUCUAUGUCGGCUGAUGUGGGACGGCGAAAAGAGAACACUCGCAAAAAUCGAUACAAGGACAUUGUACCUUACAAUGAUUACAGAGUGGAGUUGCCAGAGAGGUUUGACGGAGAAGGCCCAAUUGCUGGCAGCGACUACAUCAAUGCCAGCUUCAUCACGGACUGUGCGGGCGGCCAAGGGUACAUAGCUGCCAUGGGGCCUAUGUCAUCGACGGUACCUGACUUCUGGAGAAUGAUUUGGCACUACAAUGUUCAGACUGUCGUCAUGCUGUGCAAUGAAUUGGAAAACGGCAAGAAAAAAUGUGCAUCGUACUACGUCAACAAGGAGAACCCAAAGGUCGUGCAUGGUGAAUUCACAAUUGAAUUUUUGGAGGAUUUCGAACACAACGAGGCUAUAUUAUCAUCUGUCUUGAUGUUCUCGAAAGGAGAAGAAACCAAGGUUCUUCGUCAUUUUCACUUCCGCACGUGGCCUGAUCACGGUGUUCCCACAUCGUCUGAGCCCAUAGUAGAGCUAAUUCAAAUGAUUCGUGAUCAUCAGCCUCGCAAUGACCCCCCUAUUGUGGUUCACUGCAGCGCUGGAUGUGGUAGAACGGGUACUGUCAUCGCAGUGGACUAUGCAUGGCAGCUACUGGAGAAUGGAUUGGACACUAACUUCUAUUUGCCCGAUAUCGUGGCUCAGAUGCGUCGCCAUCGAAUUUCUCUAGUACAAACAAAGGAGCAAUAUGUUCUGAUCUAUCGAUCUGUGCUGAAGCUGGCAAAGCUCUAUAUGCGCAAGAGGAAAAAGCAAGAAGAUGGUGGUGCCAUAGAACCAGCGGCAGCUGCUACUCCCAUUAAGGAAGACAUCUAUGGCAAUGCCACAGUUCAGGGCAUGGACUAUGGUCAGCAGGUACUGGCAUUAGCCCCCAAGAAACAAGCUGCACCCGCCACUCCUUGCUUCACAGUGCGUGUGGAUGGCCGCGGAGAUGCGGAGGAGGCAGACCUAAUGGACAAGCUCAACAGUGCUGCAGCGUCCAAAUGUGCUAAGAUUUACGAGACGGAAGCUGACUUGCAAACAGCAGAGGACGACGAUGAGGAGAAGCCUCCAACCCUGCCAUUCCGAACAGCGCAGUCAAAUGUAAUGGAGGAAUCCGCUUACCAAGCGCCCAUGAUGGUGGACCGCUCCACAAGGCGUUCUGUUGUUGAAGAGACCGAUGAACCUCCGCCGUUGUUGCCAGCCCGAACUGAAGGCUCCUAUCAGCUCGCAGAGGAGAAUGUCAAACGUGCUGGAGCAGCAGCCUCUCGUCUUUUCGGAUCAUCCCCAAAGGAUGGACCACCGGUGCAGGAGAGGGGAAGUUCUUUUUCGCCGAAGGAUGCAGACUACAUUGCUGUGGGUGAAGAUGACCUGGCGGCAGUAGCGCCACCACCACCACGUUCACCGGGCAAUAGUCGUCGGGGCUCAGCUGCGGGUCGUACCUCUGCAGCACAGCCUGCACAGCCUGCAGCGAGAAGGAUGCAUGACCCCCUGAAGGCGUCGAAUAGCAACAGCUUGCGGAAUGGACCCCGCGCAGCGGCAGCAGCAGCACAAACACCACUGGCUAACCGCUCCACACCCCCACCAGCGCAUGAACACGGGUCUUCCCGACCAAAGCCGGCAGAUCGGCGUGAUGCGAACAGGUUAGGCCUGAAGCGAGUUGGUCGGCCAAAGGGUCCUCGUCCGCAGCCAAGUCAGUGGAAAACUAUUACGACGUAGGAGCACUCUUCCUAUGUUGGUAUUUACACAGCCGCACUGCCCUCGCAUGCUUGGACCGUGCACCUAGAAUGCAGGGGUGAGAGGCUAUGCUUGGUGUUGCUGUUGUGGCUGUUGCAACUACCUGUACAGGUAUAGGAUUAGUCCUGGGUUGAGAGGCGAUAUGACUGGCUGUUGAGAGGCAUUGCGUGGUACCCAGGUGUUGCAAGUAGUGCUGUUAAUGUGCACGCAACCAGCACUUUUCACGUUUCUGUCCUUGCGUGCACCUGUAUACACCAAUGCAUGUGCUGAAAGCAGAGGUGCUUGGACGUCUGGAAUUAUUUCUCGCCUGACCAUAGUAUUUUCCGGGGUAUUAUCUUUAGUUGCUGAUAGUUCAUCCGGCACUGCAAAGCUUACAGAGCUGGCGCUAUUAUUGUCCAAUGUUUUUCGCCUGGCAAUGUGCAGGCGUUUUACGGAGAUGGUUGACUGAUGCUCGAUCUUAUCUUAUCUUGUCGAAAUUUUCCGACUGAAACCACGCCGAUUGAGUUGGGUUUCGUUUGAUUUGACACCAAUGUUCAGCUAUUAUCCUCUUGAUGAUCUCUUCCCCCACCAAGCCCACUUUAACAUAACAAUGUAUUCUCAACGUUACAUUCACUAUUUAUCAACAUUCCUCUCUAUUUUUUAACUUCUUGCUUGAUUUCGGCAACCAGACGGAUCUAUUUUUUCCACCUUAUCAACAUUGACAUGUAGAAUUAUGGUGUUAUUUACAAUCGGCUGUCAUGCACCUGCAUGAAUUUAUUGCGUAUAUAUUGUUUCAACCUCCUGCCCCCCACUCUCCGCAAAGGACAUUGCACUACGGCUUCAUUUGCAGAGUUGCUAUCUUUCCCA